GUUAUGGCCACAUCUACCCUGUCACCAAGCCUGGCAAGUACCUGUGCAUGCUCUAUGCCCUCUUUGGGAUCCCCCUGAUGUUCCUGGUUCUCACGGACAUAGGGGACAUCCUGGCAACCAUCCUGUCCAAGUCCUACAAUCAGUUCCGAAAACUCCCUUUCUUCCCUCGCGCCCCCUCUGAGUGGUGCUCUGGACUGCGCUGCAGGAGGAAGCCCAUCGCCAAGCCAGGGGUGGCCUCUGUCCCUCGGAUCGUCAUCAGCGCUGAAGAUCCCCGUGGCCCCAAGUCAGGCAAGUGCCCCUCAGACCCAGGCAGCCACGCAGAGCUGUUGAAGAGUCUUCUCUUCGCACAAGAGAAAGAGAACCUGCUGGCCCUGGCCCCACGGACCAUGGAGAGGAGCAACUCGUGUCCAGAGCUGGAGCUGGGGAGGCUGUCUGCCUCCAUCCUCAGCAACCUGGACGAGGUGGGGUGCCAGGUGGAGAGACUGGAUGUCCCCCUCCCUGUCAUCGCCCUGGUGGUCCUGGCCUACAUCUCCUGUGCUGCCGCCAUCCUCCCCAUCUGGGAGACCAACCUGAACUUCGAGAGCGCCUUCUACUUCUGCUUCAUCACACUGACCACCAUCGGCUUCGGGGACACCAAGUUGGACCACCCGACCUUCUUCCUGUUCUUCUCCCUGUACAUCAUCAUCGGGAUGGAGAUCCUGUGCAUCGCCUUCAAGCUGAUGCAAAACAGG